AUAAAUUUCUCAACGUAAGACUUCGGGGAAUCUGUAGCCUCCGCUCCAAUUUCGAUUCAGCUCUGCCAAGCUUCGUCGGAGAGAAUGCCGAAGCAAAUCCAUGAGAUUAAGGACUUUCUUCUAACGGCUAGAAGGAAAGAUGCGCGAUCCGUGAAGAUCAAGAGGAGUAAGGAUGUGGUAAAGUUCAAGGUUAGGUGCUCAAAGUACCUUUACACACUAUGCGUCUUCGAUCCGGAAAAAGCUAACAAAUUGAAGCAAUCACUUCCACCAGGUUUGAGUGUUCAAGACCUAUGAACUGCUUGCUGCACGUGAAGAUGGUACAAUGUCGAACACAUUUUGAUUUAUUUGGUAAAACAUUAAUCCUUGUGGGAUUUUAGUCGUAUUUUGUAGCCAAAAACCAAUUCAAGAAUUUUGCAAUGGGGUCUUAAAUGUCAUACUUCAUCUUUUUUAUUCA